AUGCGGCCGCCGGAGAUGUCAUAUAGCCCUGCCUAUCAUCAGGAUCAGGGCCCCCUCACCACGACGCUUCCUCGCCAUUCAAUCCACAUUCCUGCCCCGGCGGCCCGCCGAUCUCAAGACCACUCGUCCCCUCCAUCAGCCGGCACUCGCCCCUCCGCCGACUGGCCGGCCCACGACGCCAGCCCUCGUGCCGGCCCGCGCAGCCUCCCCUAUCACUCUCAGCCGGCGGAGCCAUCGUGGCCGGGACCAGGACCUCGCGGCGAGGACGACCCCGUCGUCACCCGGGCAUCGCUCUCCAGCGCCGCAUACAAGGAAGAUCGCCCUCGGGGCAGCUGGGCAGACCCGCCAUCAUUAAUGUCAGGCGACCAGUCCACCCCCAGCACAUCGCGGGUGCACAAGCGCGGCAUUCCCGAUGACGAUCCAUCCGAUGCCAGCCAGGAUGCUCUGCUGAUGCUGUUCCGACUCUCACUCCCCGUCCCCAUUUUCUCGCUCUGCGCCUCACUCUAUACCAUUGGCGCCGUCCUCUUCGCCAUCCUCGUCUUGCCCGCCCGCCUCUGCGCGCUAUCCUCAUAUCUCCGUUCCAUUUCCUUCACCGGCCAGCUCUGUGACCUCCUCUCCCCGGCGCUGCACGUCCACGAACGACUCGUCGGCAUGCGGCCGCCGGCUGUAUCAAACCGGUCCGCGUCCACGCAGUGGAUCCGCACCGAGCCUGACUCCGACCUCUCCGACCCGAGCGCUGGCUACUCUGUCGGCGCUGCCAUCAGUGUCUUGGUACUGUCGCCGCUCUUAAGCGUGGCCAUUCUCUUGUUUGCCUGGACCGCCGCCUUUUUCUGGGUCUUCGCCAUGGUCUUGGGCAAUCCCGACGGCACAGAGCGCAAGGACGACGGCCGUGCUGCCGUCCUCGGUGUAUGUCGAUGGUGGCAGACUUGGCUGGGCAAGGCCCGGAAAGAGUCCUGA